AUGGGUAUGCUUCAAAUAGGUAUUUUAACCGUUCUAUUGAUCACUGAUGCGGUAAACACAUUACGUCUUAAGGGGAAAUGGAAUCCAUCCAACAGAUAUUUGUUUUUGACAAAGUUUGGCUUUCAACGGACUCAAAUUGAUGAACUUGAAGCCACAAGGGGUUAUAUUUAUGGGACAGUGAAACUGGAAAACGUGUCAAAUACACAUAAUUUGACAGACAUUGCUACAUUGGUUUUGGUUGACGGUGAGUUCAUUAUGGAUCUUUAUGGAAACGCCACAGAAUCAAUAUGGACACAAAAUGUAACUGGUAUGACAUAUCAGGAAAGUCAGUGGCUCAUGGAAACUGAACGUUGCAACAAAAUGUUUGAUAAAAUCAACUCUCUUGCUUGGCACAAGACGUGUUCCCCCACAGGAGAAAUGGAUUUACUUCGAUCCGUACCCUGUUCUUCAUCUGGGCUUUGCGCGGAGGAGGAUGAUCCUGAAAGUGUAGUACCGAAUUCACAAUUUACUUUUAUUGUGCAAGACCUUCGGCAACCACGUUAUUGGUAUUUGAGUUUGGUCGCAUGUAAACGUAAUUUAACUACAUGCAAAUGGGAGACUACUGCAAUUCCUCGUCAUUCAAAUUCAUCAUUAUCAUCGUCAUCAACUUAUUCCUUAUUAACAGUGAUUUAUGAUAUAUGGCUUGUUAAUGGUGAACCAAAAUUACAGUCUUUCAAUCAAUUUGAACAUCAUUUCUCUUUUGAAACACAUGGAAUCGCACAAAUGUUUUUUAUAUUUCUGUCACUCUAUAUUAUUUUGAAUAUAACAACACAUAUCAAACUGGCCAACAACCGUUCACUUCAUGUUUGCCUCUACCUUACUCAUCUUUGGUUGGCUAGUCUAGGAACACUGUUGGCUGCUGUUCACUGGGGUGUUUUUUCAUUCGAUGGUCUGGGACUAGGUCUGAUUUCAGAGCUGGGAACAGUAAUUACACAAUGGGCAGACUCAGUGUUCCUAGCUGUCCUAUUGUGUACAUGUCAAAUGGGUUUCAGUCCUCAAUGUCCGUCAAUCGCAUUCCAAUCUUGUGAUACUUCCAAAGCUCUUCGUCCACUAACCUCCAAAGUUUUUUCCACUUUACCAACCGGAUUCCUCCAUCUUGGUAAAUUUAGUCAUAAAUUGUACAGUUACGAUCCUAUCCAAGAAAAUAUUUAUGUUAGGCCAUCAACUAAUCAGGAAAAGUCCACAUCAUUUUGGCCAUAUGUAAUUUUAUUGGUUACUCUGUUGGUCGGAGUCAAAACUUUACUGUAUAUAUGGGCUAUGUUUGAUAGAGACCCUGUAAUCGAUUUUUCUGUCUGGAAUACAGUACCUGGUUGCUUAUUGUUAGCCUUAAGAAUUUGCCUAGUGUUCUGGAUAUUAGUAGUUGUAGGACGCAGGCAUUUUAUAGCACAGAUUUGCUCUGAGUCGUACAAUAUGGAUCUAUGUAUCUUGGGGCCAAAUAUUAAUACAAUGCAAUUUGCCGCUGGUUAUCUCCUGUGGAUUGUUAUCUUACCAUUAGUAGUGUUUAUCGGUGAGACUAGUGUAUCUCCCUUGUGGCGAACAAAAACUAUAUCAAUAAUAUGCUUCUCUACUGAUUAUGUCGCGGCUGUUGCGUACGCUUGUCUUUUAUGGCGUUCGAACUCACUUUUGGAUGAAAACGUAUUGGGUCAUCGUUGCUCAAUCUGUUGUAACAGAAAGGUCGAGGAUUUCGAUGAAAUAGACCACUGUCAUGGUAAAGACAUUUCAAGUCUACUUAGGAGCACAAGGAAACAGCUCAACACGAAGCAACAGCAGCAACACUGUGUACAUUGUCGUGCUCACCUUGCUCGUCAUCAAGAUCUUAUUUCCAAGUCAUUUCAAGGAAGUCAAGGUCGCGCAUAUCUGUUCGACACGGUUGUUAAUGUUUCUUGUGGGAAACCAGAAGAAAGGCUCCUACUCACCGGUCUCCAUUCUGUAGCAGAUAUCUAUUGUGAUUGUUGUCAUACAGUAUUAGGUUGGAAAUAUGAACAAGCUUUUGAAUCUAGUCAAAAGUAUAAAGAAGGAAAGUAUAUCAUAGAAUUAGCUCAUUUAAUUAAAGACAAUGGAUGGGAUUGGGUAGUUUCUGAAUUAGAACAACGAAGACCUUAUUGA